AUGGCGGCAGUGCAAAGUACUCCCGGAAAUAAGCAAUGGCCGGCUCGACCUGCAGUUCAACAUCAGAAUAGUCAAAACCCAGCAAAUCUUACCCUAAAUAGAACGAUAAAUCUAUAUCCUCUCACUAAUUACACUUUUGGCACUAAAGAACCCCUAUUUGAAAAGGAUGCAUCGGUACCGGCACGGUUUCAACGAAUGCGAGAAGAGUUUGGUAAAAUUGGAAUGAGAAGAUCUGUGGAAGGUGUUCUUUUAGUUCACGAGCAUGGUUUACCUCAUGUUCUGCUGCUGCAGCUUGGUACUGCUUUCUUCAAGCUGCCUGGUGGGGAGUUAAACCCGGGAGAGGAUGAGAUUGAGGGUCUGAAAAGGUUGCUGACAGAGACUCUAGGCAGGCAAGAUGGUGUAAAACAAGAGUGGGUGAUAGAGGAUACUAUAGGUAACUGGUGGCGUCCGAACUUCGAACCCCCACAAUAUCCAUACAUUCCGCCGCACAUAACAAAACCGAAGGAGCAUAAACGACUGUUCCUCGUUCAGCUCCAGGAUAGAGCACUUUUUGCAGUGCCAAAGAACUACAAACUUGUAGCUGCACCAUUAUUUGAACUGUACGAUAAUGCCCAGGGUUACGGCCCUAUUAUCUCCUCACUAUCACAAAGCCUAUGCAGGUUUAAUUUUGUCUACAUGUAG